GUUUUGUUUUCAUACCAGACAGCACGUGUUGCAACUUGCAAGUUUAUACAUUGAAUUUGUUUUAGUUUUAAUUUAAUAUUUUUAAUAAAAUACAGUGCAAUUUAAUUAGUUGUUUUAUAAAAAAUGGAACCUGGUAUUUGUUAUAUUAAACCAGAAUAUUUGGUGGAAGAUGUGAAGAAGACUGUUACAGCCGCUUCGGAUAAUGUAAAUAAAGAGGAAAAUAAUAAAAGAAAACAUUCAGAGGAUGAAGGUGCCCCUAACAACGAAUCGACAGAAGCUGCUGAAAAUGGAAGUGGGAAGAAAUUUCAGAAAACUAAUAAGAAAGAUCGGAAAAGGGGACAAAAUAAGCAUCGCCCUGUUUACAAAGAAGAUCGUACUUUGCAUCUCUGCAAUUCUUUAAUAAAUGGACCCUCCGAAAACAAAUGUCCUUUGGAAAAUUGUCGUUAUGUUCAUGAUUUAGAACAGUAUUUAGCUAAUAAAGGUGAAGAUCUAGGCGAUAAGUGUCCCGUAUAUGAAGCCAAAGGCUAUUGUCCUCGUGGUGUAACCUGUCGUUUUGCUAAGGCACAUUUAGAUAGUGAGGGUCGUAAUAUUAAAAAACCCGAAUAUGAUGAAAAUGCACCACCUACCACCUGCAAUGGUAUAAACUCAGAAAUGCAAAUACGUUUAAGGAAAAGAGAUUAUGAUUUUUCCAAAUCCAAAGAAAUGGUAAAAGAAGCAGAAAAAGUAAGAGAUGCUAGGAAAGAGAAGCAGGAUUCCCAAAAGGAAGAUCAAAAACUAACUGAAGAUAAACAAGCAAAUAAAGAAGAAAAACCAGUAGGAUCGUGUGUGAAUGAGGAGGAUACUAAGGGCAGAGAUGCGAAACAAACAAAACCCAUAGACUUUGCCGAAAAAUUAGUAUUAUCACCUUUGACAACAGUGGGUAACUUACCUUUUCGACGUAUAUGUAAAGAAUUUGGAGCCGAUAUAACCUGCGGUGAAAUGGCCUGUUGUGUACCUUUAGUUAAAGGUAUGACUCAAGAAUGGGCUCUUACGAAACGUCAUGCAUCCGAGGACAUAUUUGGUGUACAACUAUGUGGCAAUAAUCCCAAUAUUAUAGCACAAACAGCACAGCUAUUGCAGGAGACUGCUAAAGUUGAUUUUCUCGAUUUAAACAUUGGUUGUCCUAUCGACUUAAUCUACCAACAAGGCGGUGGUAGUGCUUUAAUGAGAAGAUCUAAUAUUUUAGAAUUGACGGUACGCUCCUGUUCGGCUUUGAAUCCUUUAAUACCGUUUACGGUAAAAAUGCGUACCGGUAUAUAUGCCGAUAAAAGUGUGGCCCAUGAUUUAAUGCCUUUGGUAGAGGAAUGGGGUGCUGCAGCAGUAACGUUACACGGUCGCUCACGUGAACAACGUUAUACCAAGAAUGCUAAUUGGGAAUAUAUAGAGGAAUGUGCGGCCAAAGUUAAAAAUAUACCUGUGAUUGGUAAUGGUGAUAUUUUAAGUUAUGAAGACUAUAUGGAAAAGAGGAAAAUUGCACCCCAUGUGUCAUCGGUUAUGAUCGGUCGUGGUGCCUUAAUAAAACCUUGGAUUUUCAAAGAAAUUAAAGAACAAAAGAAUUGGGAUCCCUCUUCGGCCGAACGUUUCGAAAUAAUGCGUAAAUAUGUCAACUACGGCCUAGAACAUUGGGGUUCCGAUACUAAGGGAGUUGAGAACACCCGACGUUUUUUGCUGGAAUGGCAAUCAUUCCUCUACCGUUACAUACCCUACGACCUAAUGAUGCAGCCACCACAGAAAAUCAACCAAAGACCACAAACCUUUAGAGGACGUGAUGAAAUGGAAACCUUAAUGAGUUCACCCAACUCACAAGAUUGGGUAAAAUUAAGUGAAAUGUUAUUGGGUCCAGUGCCAGAAGGUUUUACCUUUAUGCCAAAACACAAGGCCAAUGCAUAUUAAGCAGAGAAAGGUAAUAUAAAAAAAAGACAAUAAAAAUUUAUAGAUUUUUAGAAAAAA